CUCGCUCCCUCCUCUCGCUGCCCUGCCACAUCUUCCUCUGCCUCUCACCCGAGGGACCAUGUCGCGGCUCAGCUGGGGAUACGGCGAGCACAACGGUCCUAUUCAUUGGAAUAAAUUUUUCCCUAUUGCUGAUGGGGAUCAGCAAUCACCGAUUGAGAUUAAAACCAAAGAAGUGAAAUAUGAUUCUUCCCUGCGACCUCUUAGUAUCAAGUAUGAUGCAAACUCAGCCAAAAUCAUCAGUAAUAGUGGCCAUUCCUUCAGCGUUGACUUUGAUGACACAGAGGACAAAUCAGUUCUGCGUGGGGGUCCUCUCACUGGAAGCUACCGCUUGCGACAGUUUCACCUUCACUGGGGGUCUGCUGAUGAUCAUGGCUCUGAACACGUGGUGGAUGGAGUGAGAUAUGCUGCAGAGCUCCAUGUUGUUCAUUGGAAUUCAGACAAAUACCCCAGCUUUGUUGAGGCAGCUCAUGAGCCAGAUGGACUAGCUGUGUUGGGAGUAUUUUUACAGAUUGGUGAACAUAAUUCUCAACUGCAAAAGAUUACAGACAUUUUGGAUUCUAUUAAAGAAAAGGGUAAACAAACUCGAUUCACAAAUUUUGACCCAUUAUCUCUGCUUCCUCCAUCCUGGGACUACUGGACAUAUCCCGGUUCCCUCACUGUCCCACCUCUUCUUGAGAGUGUCACGUGGAUUGUUUUAAAACAACCUAUAAAUAUCAGCUCUCAACAGCUGGCCACAUUCCGCACUCUCCUCUGCACAGCGGAGGGCGAGGCGGCGGCUUUUUUGUUGAGCAAUCACCGCCCACCACAGCCUCUGAAGGGCCGAAAAGUAAGAGCCUCUUUCCAUUAAAAAUUGUCACCAGCUGACCACCCCGAACAGGUCUGUGAAGAGAAGACAAAACACAAAAAUCCCUCCAAACAGCUCUUUCCUAGAAUUCUGAUUGACGGGUACCAUUUUGCUCUGAGCUUCAGCACCACAAGGAAGAUCAGAUCGCUGUAAUCAAGCUAACUCAACUCAUCCAUCUCAGACUUGCACUCACGGGUAUUCAAACAGUAAACACUGUUUGAUGUGUGUUGAGAUCCACAACAUGCAUCUACUUCAACCUGCGUGAAAACAUGGCAGGCGUUGCAAAACCUCUGAGUUCAUUAAAAAUGUUCCCUUGCCCUAGAGUUUGAAUCAGCCAUAUCUCUCAGUAAUGUUUGGUCAAACAAUUAAAAUCUUCUCCAGAAUGAUAA